AUGCCGCCUGCUCCCUCCCUUCUCCAAGCACGGCUGGACGCUAGGACCACUGCACCAGCGCUUGUCCUGCCCCGUGGCUCGGUGCCUGGAAGGGAGGACGUAGCAGCCAGUGAAGCGAUGGGGCCCUUUCAAGGUGCCCUGGGAGGUAGGAGAAGGAAGCAUCUUCCCACGGGGCAGAGGGGGAAUUGCCUGAACUCAGCCCCUGCCCCAGGAGGUUGCUUUGGGCAGUGCCUGGGGUUGAAUGCACCCCUUGCAGGGAAAACCAGCUCCCAUUCAUGCAGACAUGGGGCAUUCAGUCCUGCUGGCUGGGAAAGGCGCCAGGAGCUGGGCAGAGGCCCAGGCCAGAAACCACAGCUGCCCACCUGCUCCGUGCAUCCGGGGUGCCCUUGUUUCUUUGUUUGCUCUGGAUUCAGAUGUCCGCAUUUGCCACGUGGCCUGGGUGUCCCAGGCAGCCUCCUCCCUCCUCCCGGCGCUAUAAAGGCUUCUGCAUCCUGCAGAGACUGAGCUCGAUCCUCCGUGCUGUGGGGAAGUCCCAGGACACGAACAGUGAGAAGAUGGGAACCAUCGCUUGCAUCAGUCUCUGCCUCCUCGGCUGCCUGACGCUCCACCAGUCAUCGGCCAGCGAGUCCCAGCUCCACUCCGAGCUGGACCCCGUGGCAAAAGAGACCAGCAGAGUAGGGUCCCCGGAGCCCCUUGCCCAUCAGGUCGCUUCAUCCAGCCCCAGUGGGGAGCUCGGCAUCGGCCCAGAGGAGAUAGCACUUCUGGCUGCCCCGGGCGUGGGAGAGAAUCGAGGCAAGAAGUGCGGCAGGGGCUGGCUCCACUACCAAGGCAGCUGCUACGGAUACUUCUCCCAGCCGAAGAGGUGGGAGGACGCUGAGAUCACAUGUCAGAGCUACGGUCACAGGGUCCACCUGGUCUCCCUUCACAAUAUCGGGGAAAACAGCAUGAUUGCCCGGUACAUCUCCCAGCAUCACGGGAGGAACGGCUGUAUCUGGAUCGGACUCUACGACCGCCAGCACCGUCGGAGCUGGAGGUGGGCGGAUGAAUCCUUGGUCAACUAUUUAUCUUGGGACGAAUGGCAACCCGAUAAUGUAAGGAACAUCGAGUACUGCGCAGCAUCUUGCAGCAACACAGGUUUCCAGAGGUGGCAUGAUUAUCCCUGUGAAGAGCACUUCUCCUUCCUUUGUAAGCACAGGCUCUAGGAGAGCAGCUUACCUGGGCGCAAGGGGAUCAAGUGAGAUGAAAGAAUUGAACCUGCAGGGAGAGGGAGGUUGUCCCAGACCCUCGCCCACAUCCAGGAACCAUUCGGGAGCUCCUUUGAGAGACCAGCCCCCGCAUCCCUGGCUGCAAAAUGUCUUUUCCAAACCAUCGCUGUGUCCCACUGCCAUGGCCAUGGCCAUUCCUGUGCCCCUCCUUUCUAUGAUGCUUUCACACGUCUCACUGAUCCCAGCACAAUGAUGGGCAAUAAAUUUCCCUUGAGCAUUCA